AGCCGCACCACGACUACACUAUCUUCAUAUUGAUCGUUGCAGCGUCUACAGUUCGCAGCACUGCCACUUCCAAUCCUCCAUAUCUGUUGCACCUCUAAUAAAAAUCAUCUACAUCAAUCAUAAACAAAAAACCAUCCCCUAGUAAUUUUGUUCGGAUUCAAAUCCGAACUUGAAACCUUUUUUCCGGGAGAUAAAACUUCGGAACACCCCCCACCCCUAAUUACUGACUACAUCCACCCUACUAGAUUCCAAAAACUUCGGCGAGCGAAGCAUUCCUGUAGACAUCGUAGCCUGUACGAAGAAAAGAAUAAAGAUGGCCACAUCCCCAACUGAAGCUCAGAAGAAGCUGAACCUGGACAGGGCUACCAACUUCAUGCGACAAUACCGAGACCCACAAAGUCGUGAGCUGAAGAAAUUGUCGGCCAAUCAGUUUAUGGACGUCUGGAGUCACUACGACAAAGACGGCAAUGGUUACAUUGAAGGCACAGAACUUGAUGGCUUCUUGAGGGAGUUUGUAUCCAGCGCCAAUGCAGCUGAUGUGGGUCCAGAGGCUGUAUCAGAUGCAAUGAUGGUUGAGCUGAAACAAUGUUUCAUGGAGGCGUAUGAUGAUAAUCAGGAUGGCAAAAUCGAUAUUCGUGAGUUGGCUCAACUACUGCCUAUGGAGGAAAACUUCCUUCUUUUGUUCAGAUUCGACAAUCCAUUGGAAUCGAGUGUUGAGUUCAUGAAGAUCUGGAGAGAAUACGACACUGACGGUAGUGGCUACAUAGAGGCCGAUGAACUCAAGAAUUUCCUCAGAGAUCUGCUGAAAGAAGCUAAGAGAAUCAAUGAUGUAACCGAGGAUAAGCUCAUCGAGUACACUGAUACUAUGCUUCAGGUUUUUGAUUCUAACAAAGACGGACGUCUACAGCUGUCUGAAAUGGCCAAACUUUUACCAGUAAAGGAAAACUUUCUAUGCCGACAAGUUUUCAAGGACGGAAUCGAAGGUGCCACAAAGUUGACAAAAGAUGACAUCGAGAGAGUUUUCUCACUUUAUGACAGGGAUAAUAAUGGUACGAUUGAAAAUGAGGAGCUGAGAGGUUUCUUGAAGGAUCUGCUUGAGCUGGUCAAGAAGGACUACGAUGCUCAGGACCUACAAGAGUUUGAAGAGACCAUUCUUCGAGGAGUCGACUACAAUCAGAGUGGCAAAGUGAACAAGAAAGAGCUGACUAUGAUACUCCUCGCUCUGGCCAAGCACAACCAGGACGAGGAACCAUCUACAUCGUCGUAAACAAAAAACACCCGAGUCAGCUGUUUUCGAAACAACUGAAAACGCUGAUAAAACUGAACAGCUGAUUGUAAGCGGCUUGAGCGAUAAUUUCGAUUGGAGGAAAAAAUACUACAUAAUGGGAGCGGGUAGGUAUUGAUCAUAAUAGAGUUAACAUCAAGAAGCAUUGUGGCAACAUGUGAAAGGUCUAUUAGAACUGAUUGAGUCGAAUGGUAAGAAUUUAGCGAAAAGCUUUGAAUAUCAUGAAGUAAACUGAAGGACUAGGAUUUAUAUUAUUAUUAAAUACUUUAUAAUUGAUUAAUUGGUCCGCUAUGUCUUUCAGGACUAUUCCAUCCAUCUUCUACUCUAUUCAUUAACUAUUUUCACCCAUUUAUUUUUCACUUUUUUAUCAUAUCUAUUUAGAAUUGAUGAGCAUUAUAAGAAUCAUCAAAUUGCUCAAAUAUUUUUUCACAAUAUAGUAGCAAAUCUCAUAGAAUGUUGUAACUGGCAUUAGUGAAGAUCUCUUACAAAUGUAUUCUUCUAUAUUCCAUUCCUCUAAUCCGUCAUUUCGAAAUUAAGAGAUCGAAGGAUUCGAUUCAUACUUUACUCUUUUCACUAUCCACACUUCAUUCUUCAUUCAUGAAUCAUCUUUGAUCAUUUUGUAAACUAAUUUUCCUUGGAUUUUUGAUAAUUAACAAGGAACAACAAUUUCUUUGUAACAAUUGAUGAAGGAGCUUGUUAGCAUUAUUUCAGAGAACACAGUAUCACUUCUCAUUGUUCAAUGAGGCCCUGCAAUAGUACAAACGUUUUUGUAAAAAGAUAUCCAUGAGGUGUUGGGAUUACAGAUGUUUUAAGGGCACAUAAUCCCACCCUUUCAACUGGAUCGCCUUAAGAAUGUAUACUAACCACUUGAAUAAAACUUAAACAAGUUUGUAUGUUUCAAUGUGUAGUAUAAUAUUUCCAGAUAGAUGUUCAACCUUACUCUCUUAUGUAGCUAAGAUAUUUUCAUGUGUGUUGUUAUGCUAAAUUGCUCAGUGUGUGCUAAAAAUGCUGCUUUUAAUAAUUUAUUCACAACAAUAACAGUUAUUGGUGUUAAUAUUAUUGGUGACGUAUAAUAAUUGUAAUAUAAUUCCAUUACGAUUGAUGUGCUUAUGAUGGAUGUUAUGCAUGUAUUAAAAAAUAUUUAUCGAUGUUAUUUUUUAAGUAAACAAUCCAAUCAAAUAGACCCACUGUCAUAAGAUUAGGAAACAUCUAUUUAUGUGAAUUUGAAAGCGAUGUUAAGAUUAUAUAGCUUACGGUUUGAUUAAAAAUAAAUGUAUUCAAUCUGUUUUGGUUAUGAAUCAUAUCUUUAUUUUUAUAAAUAAUAACAGGAUUAUUGGUUUCAAGAGCUAGGUUGUCAAGUCUGAAGAAAGUGUUUGAGUAGAAAAACGAAGAUGGAAAAUUUCAAGUUAUCUUUGACUGGAAUUAUAAAAAAUAUACAUAAUUUUAUUCAGAGAAAAAUUUAAUGUAAUUUGUUGCAGAGAAGGCGAAGUAUCUAAUUAUUAUAUUAUUACCAACUAUGACAGAAUUCAGUUCAGUCUAUUUCAUUGAUGGAGCUCAGAGCUCUAAUAUGUCUUGAUAUUAUUACACGCUUAAUACACGGGCGUAUCGUUAAUCUCAUAAUUGAUUUUACAAGCAUUAAAAAUCAAAUUAAUUCAGAUAGGUAGGGCUAUGAUUGGAUAAUGUAUGAUGUAAAUAUUGUGUCCCUCUUCUAUAACUAGUCCCGAUAUUCGCCAGUAAGCCCAGACGAAUGCCAUAUACUCACAACACAUUAUUGCUGUUACAUAGAAAAACCACCAGAAUUAAGAGAACCGGUAUAUUGCUGUCUCCCAUGCUCUCCUUAGGCUGCUAAAUGUUUCCAUCUUUGUCAGAGCACGCAGAACACCACAGACCCGACUAUUUGAAAUCAUUAAAACAUAUAAAUAUUAUAAACAUUAGAAGACUUGUUGGAUUUUUAAAAUUUUAUCAGCUUGUUUAAAAUUUAUGAGUAACUAUGAAUAAUAUAAUACUAAACAUAAACAUUUAUUGUAGCCUAGCUAUAUUUUUAAAGCUCUCUGUAGCUGUUGAAAUUUAUCUAUUCAAGUGAGUUGAUGCGAAUUAAUGUCAAUGUAAUUUUAAACUAAUGCAUAAAAGGAAUAUAAAUAAUACAAUCUGGGUAUUCAAACUUUUUAACCCAAGAAUUCGAGUGAUAUUACUUGUAAAAAUGUAACUCUUUUUUAUAGUUUUUAUAAUAAGUACCUACUUUUAGUAAAUGAUUAGAUUAAUUGCAUUUGCAAUACCUUUUAGUAUGAAUAUUUGAACUGAUAAUUUUUGGAGUUUUGUUCCACUAUUCUAUCCAGCAUUGAGUGAUUUGCUAUUCAUUCAAGUUUUUAUUCAUUUGAAAAUACCCGAGGUUGAUAAUAUUAUGCUCAUCUAGAACGUUAAUUGAACGUAAAGGGUAAUUUGAAGAGGGCAGUUCAACUUAUAAUUCAAAUAUUGAUAUUGUUUCUGAGGAUUCUAAUAGAAUAAGUUAUAAUAAGAAUAAUAUCAUCUAUAUAAACAAUAAAUGAAUUUUCAAAAUGGAUAAAUAACUUAUCAUUAUAUACGAAGUGUGCAUCAAGAAAAUUAGAUUUUUUGAAGCUAUUCAAUUUAACUGAAAUAUUUCAUUGAACUUGAUUGAGAAUAUUGAUAUUCACAAAAUUUUAAAAAGUACUGAAAGAGUGGAUGCAAUCCACAGUGAUUGUCAGCUUAUACUACCUAAUUUUUGUCAAAUAAGAAGAAUUUUUAUAUCAAAUACGAAAUAAAUCUAAAGCUUUCAACAACAUGAUCACAAUACUGUAUGUAUGAGCGAGGGCAAAGAGCUCAAUGAAUUUUAUUUUAUUUGUAGUUUGUAAAGUUGAAAAAUAUUAUCUGGUCCAUCAGCUUUAUUCUUAAUUAUUGUUAACAUGAAUCUCAAAAAUAUUUUUCCGUACAAAUUAUGUUAAAUAAAUUGUCUAUUCAUGUACGCACAAUAUUUGAGCUUAUUGAAUAUUUAUUCACACUAAAUUAAGAAUGAAUAAGUUUAGUAAUGUUUCUUGUACUUUCUUCUUUGAUGGAAGAUCGAAGGUGGAUUCAAUAGUGAUAUAAACUUAUUCCCUGUUUCGAUUCUAAUACACAUCAGGUAUGUAUCAGCUGGUGAAUAAGGUGGAUAAAUAUUUACUAGUCUCAUUACCAAAAAAAUGGUUUCUCAUAAUCAAAUACAUGUUCUUACACGUAACCCGAUAGCUUUUGCUUUGAAUCACACUUCCAAAAUUUUCCAACUUCAUAACUGUACAUAUGUACAGGUCACCAGUAUAUAACUGAUCAUCAGUUAAUGACCUUCUUCACAUCAAGUUAAUUGAGUAAUUGACCUAUAUUUUAAAUGCACAAUUGCACUUUUUCCAUUCAUUAGGUAACUUCAAGACGAAAAUUUGAAUAGUAAAAAAUAUAAAAACCAUAUUUAUGUAUCAUUGUUACCAGCUGAAGAGUUCCCAAUAGUAAUCAACAAAGUGAAUAAUCGAUCUUGAAUCGACUUCGACCUUACAUCGAAGCAGAAGGAACCUUGUUUCUAUUACUAGUAAUUCUCCAAGCGUUUAUCCAGUUAUUUAGAAAUGUAAGAGGCAAGGCAUGAUGUAAGAAUGCCGUAAUAUAAGCAUAGAAGAAAAAUCAAUAAGAUAGAUCUGAUGUUAAUCAAUAGGCUACAACAACUACAUAUUAUAAGUUUUUCAUCCAUUUUUAGGUCUCAUUGUACUCAUAGGAAGUCAAUUUGAUAUGACAAAUGAUAAUAGGUUUUGGUUAAUGAUAUCUUUAUGAUCAGUGUUCUCAAUAAUUAUUGAUGAUUGAAUUGAAUUUGUUGAUCAGAUCAAAUCUAGUUUUAUUCAAUGAUAUCACUUACAUGACAAAUUCCAUUACACAAAUGAUAUUACAGAUCAUUGAAUACAAUUCUGUUUGCUUAAGAAAAAUCUUGUCUGCAAACAGGAGUGAAAUAACAAUAAUUUGUUGAUUUAUUCCUCUCUAUUAUCAGUUUUAAAUAUUUUUACAUACAAAAGUUAUAGCCUACAAUCCUGAAAAUUAUACUCAUGAUCUGACCUUUGAGAUUGCACUCAGUCGUAAGUGAUUCCAAUAUUAAGACAAUGAGAAUUUAUAUGGUCCACAGAUCAAAGAUUUCAUUGUUUACAAAAAUAUUUAUUGAUAGCCUAUAUUUUUUAUGAAACAUCAGUUGAAUUGAUAGCAAAAAUGAAAUGAACUUUUUACAAACAAUUUUUUUUCAUUGUUAUAGAUUUUUUACAACUCAGCCCGUAAAAAUUGCAUACAGCUUUUAAAAUCAAUGUGAUUGCUUAAAAAAAUAUUUUGGAAAUCUGAUAACUCAAAAAUAAUACGUAGAAUGUUGAAAUGUUAAUUAGUGUUACAGGUUAUACUGUAGGAAGUUUUCAAGUUGUUGAUGAGAAUUGUUGUAAUCAGAUUUAAAGGCUAAUGAAUACAUUUCUAAAGUUGAGAUUUGCUCAUAUGGACACUUUUACUGAUUUACAUACGUGUUCCUACCACAGGAGAGUAAGUUAUAUUUUAUAUAAAAAACUCUAGAUGACAUACCAUAGUUAUAAAGAAUAAAUCAUCUACAUGAGACUUCUCAUAUCAAAAUUAAGUUCAUUGAAUUUGAGUGACUGUAGUUUUCUUAUGGCAUUGCAAUUCAAAUUUUCACAUUUAUAAAGAUAUCAGCACUUGCCCAACAUAAAAUUAUAUUUUAUCUCCAGUUGGACACUGGGAAGAAUAGUUGGAGGUGGUUGUUUUAGAAAACAAUUAAUUGAACUUGAAUAUUUAAUUAUUAAUAAACUCAAAUAAUUAUCCAUUCAACACUGCAUGAGUAUCAAUGAUUUUUGUAACAGAGCAUGCAAAUAUGUUUUCUCUGAUAAAUACCGUACUGACAUUGUGUGGAAUAAUUCAUUUCAAAAUCAAAUAAAAGUUGAAAGUGAAUUUCAAUAAUACAAUAGCCUACAGUAUUAUUUUUCCAUCAUUCACAAACACAUAAAACUAAUUAACUUUUUUUUCUAAGAUAAUGAAUUUGCACCCAAGUUCGAUGAAUAAUCACACUUUAAAAGUUCUACUCACUAGCGUUUUAUGCACGAGUUUAAGAUAAAGAAGUUGACAAGAAUUGAUUGAUAAUAAUCAAAGUAUUUUAUGUAGAAUUCGAAUGAACGAAAAAAGUGUUUGAGAGAAGCUACUUCUCGAUCUUAUCUUAUAGAAAAUAUAGUAUCCAUAAGAGAAUUGCAAGAAUUGAAAUAAAAUUCAAGAAAAUUCUGAAUUUUCAUUUUCAUUAAAGCAUUAUUUAGAGUACCGUAAGAUAGUUUUUGAUGGUGGAAUGUAAUGUAAUUGGAGGCUGUCAUAUUCACUUUGAUGUAAAUUACCAACAUAACAUUCAAAAUAAAAUUCAAACUGUACUGGAAAAUGUAGGUUUUGUAUUAAUAUAAAAGAGUAUUAUCAUAUUUGAAUCAGAUCUGUAAUUAGUUUCAUAGAUUGUCUCAUUUUACAAGUUGAUGUUUCUUGAUUGGUGUUUCUCAGCAUAAAAGUCUUGAUAUUUUGAUCCAAUGCAUUUAAUAAAAUAAGAAUAUUGUGUAAUUAACCUGCUUUAGUAGCUCCCAAUGUUGAGAAUGAACCAGUAACAGUGCAAUCUAUGAUGUUGACUUGCCGUGAAAUAGAAUGUUUGUGAAAUAAGUUUAUAAUGUAUGGUACCGUGAUUAUUUAAAUUUGAAAAAUAUCAAAAUGUGAUAUGCUUUAAUUGUUGGAUGUUCAAGCUUUUAGAUAUAUAUAUCUAGUGUUUAUAAAUCAUAAAUACAUACAAAAAUAUAAAUGUAUAAUUUGAAAAAGGAAAUAUACGUAUACCAGUAACAUGUGA